GUGCAGUGCAGCCUGGAGCAGCUGAGUGAUGUUUGAUUGCAGCGCACACAGUACCCUCGCAAGCGAUCCACUCCGCCAGCCUCGUUUGUGACCUCGUGCAGGGGAGGCAUCAUGUACGAACCGAGAGGAGUUCCCGCUGCUGCAAGCGACACCCUUCACUGCUCGUCCUCGUCGCCUCCAGCCGGAAUGACCUGGCGUUUCGAGGCCACCAAGGGCAUAACCUAGGGAGCGACGAGAGGAAUUCGAGAGCGAGAGUGACGUUCUUGAGAGAAGUGUACUGUAGCGCAGAGAUGUUUGUCGCGACGACUUCCCCAUUGAACACAGGGCCCGUACCAGAGGACUCUCGAAUACAGUGACGCAGUAGUCGACGCUCUUGCUUGCACGUCCGUCCGCGCGUUGGCUCGUUCACCUCCCCUCUCCCUCCCAGUGGUUGCUCGCACUGCUUGCCGCACGUUGCUCAGUCCAGCCUCGACUGGACUGCUCCCCUCCUAACUGCAAAGUCGGUGGCGCACCAUUGUCCCGCUCAUCGACGUCCUCGCUGCAUACCUCGUCCUUUCCCUUCGGUUCCUACUAGCGCAGGUGUAGAUUACGGCCAUGUCAGCACACCAAGCCAAGGAGCUAGCGGGUUCGUUUGCUAGUACUGCUGCCAUUAGAGGCUUGCGUGAUACGUCCACUGCGAGUGGUGGUGAGCGCGGCUGCCAACGCGCAUCUCGUAGUUCGUCCUUAUUAGUUGCCGCGUUGUCUGUCUCACUGGAACGUGGUGAAUGCCGCUCGGAAGGCAACAAGUGUCAUUCCCAAGGCGACGAGUGUCGCUGUCAGACUCAGUCGGAGAUCGCAGCCACGUCAGACAGUCUGAGAUUGCGUCACCCAAUCAGCAGCACACCUGACUUAAUCAGCAGCACCCCUUGCGUUGAUAGCAAAAGUUCUAAGAGCAGUUUAUGCGUCCCCGCCGGCAGCGGCUGCUGCGGCGCCGAGUGCGGUACUAAGUCAGGCUGUUGUCACUCCAAAGAAUCAACGCGGCAGUUCUGUACAGAUUUUGAGGGUCCUGAUUUUACGGGUCCUGAUUUUGCGGGUCCUGAUUUAGUGGAUCCAAUCAUCGUCGACGCGCCGAAUAAUCCAUCCGAUCUGGUUCUCUCAACGAGAACUGUCCGUCCCGAGGCGCACCUCUCCGCAUCCCUUCUUCCAAAGGGCUGUCGCAAACAGUGUGGCAAAGACCGCCGUUUCCCGUGGAACCCUUGUCACCCGGACGCCGCCAUUCUUGCGGCGGCUUCUGCUCCCCUCCUCCCGGAGCACCUGUCUCUGCGACACGCCCACCCGGCGUCGAUCGCUCACCCCGCGUCGAUCGCUUCCGUCCACUGUGUCGCACUCGACUGCUCUGCCGCCAUCGCCGCUGCGCCUGAUACCCCCAGAAACGGCGCCAACUCCGCCGCUGCUCCAGCCGCCGGGGCGGUGAACGGGGCGAGCGCGGCGGCUGCCGCGGCGGCGAUCGGCGCGGAACCGGAUUCGGCGGUUUGUAUUGCGGAACCCCCUCCGCCGUCCCCAGGGGAUCGUGGCGCAGAGGUUGUGGGGGCUUCGCUUCCGCCGGCGCAAGGUCGUUGCGCAGCUCCCGUCGCGGAUUCCCCCCAGUCCGGCGGUUCUGGCGCAGACUCCGAAUCCGCGCGUGUGCUAGCGGAACCUGCCGUUGCUGCGGAGCCUACAGCGGUCGCAGACUCCGCGGGUGUUGUUGCGGAACCGGCAAGUUUGAUUGCGGAGCCUGCAGUGUCCGCAGAUUCCGCUGCUGUGCUUGCGCAACCUGCAGCGGUCGCGGACUCCGCGGGUGUAAUCGCGGAACCCGCCCCGCGGAAGGACGCGCCGGGCAUGCAGUUCCAGGUCGUGCCGCAGCGCGUGCCCAUGGCGGCGGCGGAGGCGGUGGACCGGAUGACGCGCGCGGAGCUGGUGGCGGAACUGCGGAGCCUGCAGGCGGACCACGAGAAGUACCGCCAGGAAGUGGCCUUCCAGAAGGAUCUGCUGGCAUCGGUGGGACAGGCGGUCAUCUGCACGGACCUCGCGGGCACCAUCACGCACUGGAACAAGGCAGCAGAGGCGUUGUACGGGUGGAACGAGGAGGAGGCGCUAGGGCGGAGUGUGAUAGAGAUAACGCCGGCGGACACCACCGUGCAGCAGGCGGGGGAGAUCUUUGCCGCCCUCACUCGGGGGGACGUGUGGCGCGGCGAGUUCCUUGUGCGCCGCAGAGACGGCUCGCCCUUCCACGCCAUGGUGACCGACACCCCAAUCUUAGACCCAGAGGGCAAGCUGGUGGGGGUGAUCGGGGUCUCAGCGGACAUCAGCGACCUGAAGCGCAAGGAGGGCGAGAUCCGCGCACUCAACUCCGCCCUGGAGCAGCGCGUGGCGGAGCGCACGGAGCAGCUGCAGCGCAGCAACGAGGCGCUCAAGCGCGAGAUCGAGCAGCACCUGAGCGCGCAGCAGCACCUGCGGCACUGCAUCAAGGACCUGGAGGCCUCGAGAGAUAAGAUCUCGGAGCAGUCGGCGGCGCUGGAGCGGCUGGUGCAGCAGCUGCGGGAGGCCCGGGUCGAGGCGGAGUCGGCUAACCGGCUCAAGAGCCGGUUCUUGGCAUCCAUGAGCCAUGAGAUCCGCACUCCCAUGAACGGCGUCCUGGGCAUGACCCGCCUCCUCCUCUCCACGCCCCUGCAGGAGGAGCAGCGGCAGUUUGUGGACACGAUUCGGAGCAGCGGGGACGCGCUGCUGACCAUCCUCAACGACAUCCUGGACCUCAGCAAGAUCGAGGCGGGCGAGCUCGAGCUCGAGCACAGGGACUUCGACCUCUGCCGCUGCCUUGAGGACGCCGUCUCGCUGCUUGCGGUCCGAGCCAUGGAGAAGGGCGUGGCAGUGGUGAGCUUUGUGGAGCCUAGUGUGCCGAGGGUAGUCAGAAGCGACUCUGCGAGACUAAGACAGAUUCUGGUCAACCUGAUUUCGAACGCCAUAAAGUUCACGGAGAAAGGCGAGGUGGAGGUCACCAUCUCGGCCACCAGGCUGCCGGGGAACUCCGAGCAGCACAUGCCAGAGGUGCUGAAAGAAGAGGCAGCAGCGCCGCAGCAAACGGAGGGGAUCAGAGGAGGAAUCAGCGAGCAAGUGCAGGAGGGGGCAACGGACGAGGAAGGGAGCAGCAGGGGCGGGGGAAUGAGUCACGCAGCUUGCCCAUCAGGGGGCUCCGCAGCGUGGGGCAAGGCAGUGGGCGGCAGGAGGAGGUGGCGGGGGGAGGAGACCCAGGGCAUGGAGGGGCACGCGGUGCACUGCAUUGCAGUGAGUGUGGAGGACUCGGGUAUCGGCAUCCCCAAGGAGCGAAUGGAGCGGCUGUUCAAGCCGUUCAGCCAGGUGGAUGCGAGCAUGACGCGCAAGUAUGGCGGCACGGGGCUUGGUCUGGCCAUAUCGCACCAGCUGGUGAGCAUGCUGGGCGGGCGCAUAUGGGCCGAGAGCGAUGGGCCGGGCCACGGCUCCACCUUCAGAUUCUACAUCACUGCUCCCGCGCUCCCCUUCGACCUUGAGGCGCCUCUUGAGUCGCACCAAAGGUCACCUGCUCCCGCACUCCCCUUCGACCUUGAGGCGCCUAUGGACUUGCACCGGAAGUCAUCUGCUCCUGGUGCCGUCCAUGCUGCUGCCACUUCUUCCAGAGUCCCUGUCCCUGCUCCCACUCCUCCGUUGGUCUCCUCCGUGGCUCCAAGCGCCAUUGCCAUUGCCCAGCCUACAGCUAUAGUUCCUCCGCCUUCUGAACCGAACGGGCUGCCUCAAUUGUCCAUGCAGCAACAGUGUAUUCGCGUCGCCGCUCCCUGUGCUGCUCCUUCGUCUCCUGCUUCGCCUGCCGCUGCUGCUUCUGCUGCUGCUGCUGCUGCUGCUGCUGCUGCUGCUGCUGCUGCUGCUGAACCUUUAAGGAAGCGCAAGAGGGCAGAGGAGCCACAUACAGCUACCCCUUGCCUUGAGAUACCUCAGAAGGAAAUACAGUGCUGUGGUGCAGUGGCAGGAGGUGCGACAGAAACGAUAGGGGCAAAAAGGGUCAGAAACCCAGCAGCAGCAGCAGCAUGCACCAUUGGUCCGAGCCGGAACAAGAAACAGGCAAGCGAUCACUGUGGCUGCGAUGCCUCCUGCCAGUGCUGCUGCUGGAAGGAUGGGAUGGCAAGUGAAGAAAGGGACAAGCACAGAAGCACAGAGAAUGCGAGCGUGAGGGUAGCAGAUACAGGCAACAAUGGGGAUUUCAAAGGCUGUGGCGAAAAUGAUGGUUUUCGUAAUGGCAAUGGUAGCAGCAGCGGCUGCUGUGUUGGAGGGGAGGGGUGCGCCGCAAAAGCGGACGGGAUGGAGAGUAGGGAAGGAGAAGAAGGAGACGAGAGAGGAGAAGCAGAGGAAGCGGAGGGGUAUGAUCGAGGGGAGGAGGCUGUAUUUAUGAGGGGAAGGGAGAACGACCGGUGGGGGGAGGGAGUGAGUGAGGGAGUGAGUGAGGUGGAAGCAGCAGUGGGUGGUUGGGAGAGAGCGAGGAGGAGAGCAGAGGGGAAGAGCGCACUGGUAGUGCUGCCCCAUGCUAGCACCCGGCGAAUGGUGUGCCGACACCUGGCGUCCCUUGGGCUGAGGGUGGUUGGGGUGGAUCGGGUGAUGGGAGAGGAGGUUGGGGUGCCGCUGGGAGGAGGGGGGCAUGGUGGGCAUGGUGGGCAUGGUGGGAGUGGUGGGAAUGACGGGAGUGGUGGGAAUGAUGGGCAUGAGGAGAGGAAAGAGUUUGUGCUGUCACUGCGGCCACCAUUGCUACCUGGGUCUGGUGAGAUGGUGUCCCCAUCAUGCAGCAGCAGCCCAUCAGGCACCGUGAUGGCCACACGGCUGCUGUCUGACAUUGUGAACCAACCACCAUUGCCAGCAGCACCACCACACACGCCAGCAGCCAUGGCAGCACCAGCAGCCACGGCACAUGAGUUUGACUUGUUUAUUGUAGACGCCAGCCUGCAAUGGGCUCCCACUGCAACCGUUGCAUCAGCCGCGGCAGGUACAGGUGCAGCACAAGUAGUAGAGGUAGCAGCGCCAACAGCAGCAGCAAACACAGCAGCAGAAAACACAGCUGCAGAAGCAGUUGCGGGGACAGCAGGAGCAGCAGCAACAGCACAGGUCGCAGAACACACCGGAACAUCACCAGACAGGCCAACAGUAGAGCCUGCUUCAGAGCAGCCUACCCCAGUACAGCCUUCACUGCUGUCACUAACGUCAGCCGCACAGGCUUUUAAUAGUGCUGCCAGCCCAGCAAAGGUCAUUCUCCUCGUACCAUACGGCAGCAAACAUGAAUACCCUCCAAUCUCAGGCUGCCAAGUGGCUGUUCUCACCUACCCUAUCCGCCAAACAGCCCUCAACCGACUUAUCUGUGGGCUUCUCUGCCCUCCCCCUCUCGUCUCGCUCAAUCCCUCCCAACAGUCUCACUCCCCUUGCCGCCACGCCUCCAGAUGGUUGGCAAUUGAAGUCAGUACGAACAGCUUAGAGUGUAGAAGCAACAAUUCUGGUAACCAAUUUCUGUGUGGUAACCACGCCCAGUGUGGUAACCACACCCACUGUGGUAACCAGGGCAGUGGAGAUGGCAGCAUGGCCUGCUGCUGCACCAGUCUCGGGGAUCUGCUGCCGAGCCUCCCUGCUGCUGGCUGUUCCAAAUGCGUGGCUCGUUCCGAGCCUCGUGCCGGAGCUGUGUUGGCAGGCUGUGCUGCAACCAGAGCAGAUGCAACAGGAGCAACAAGGAGCAGAGCAGGAGGGAGCACACCAGAAGCAGGCAUGGGUGCAGAAACACGCACAGGAGCAGCAGCUGAAACAGGAGCAGGAGUAGCAGCAGGGGCAGCUGUGUCAACAUGCAUACCUGAUCUAGCACUGCCAUCCCCGGUAGUAGCAGUUCCAGCAACAGCACAAGCUGCAUUGGCACGAGGAGGGGCAGCAGGAGCAUGCAGUGGAGGGACGAGAGGGCGGGGAAGAGGGGCAGCGAGGGCAGGAGUGGAUGCAGCGGGGUUCCAAUCUGGCCUGGCUGACCGGCACCCACUCAAGAUUCUCCUCGCCGAGGACAACCUGGUGAAUCAGAAGGUGGCGUGCAAGAUGCUGGGGCGCAUGGGGUACUCGUGCCACGUGGCAGUCAACGGGGCAGAGGUGCUGCAGGCUCUGCAAAAGGAGUCCUUUGACCUCAUCUUUAUGGACGUUCAGAUGCCGGUGAUGGAUGGCAUUGAGGCAACGCAACGCAUAACUCAGAUGUGGCCCGCGAAUAAGAGGCCUAAGAUAUUUGCCAUGACAGCCAAUGUGCUCGAGACAGACCGUACCAUGUGUCUCCAGGCUGGCAUGGAUGGAUUUAUUUCUAAACCGGUGAGCGUGCAUGAGCUAGUGCGAGCUGUCGAGUUCUCGAGCACUUCCAAGUUUUUAUAGAAGCUAUAUUGAGGUAAAAUGCUGGUGUUGUUAUGUACAUACAUCUACUGUGGAAUAGUGUGCUGAUCGUCUCUGCAUAAUAUUUUGUGGGAGUAUGUAAUGGUUGGU